GGCAGACAGCGUUUGGGGCCGGUGGGGCGCGCGGCGCAGCAGCGGCACAUGUGAGCGAGCGUAGCGGACAGUGAGGGAACACGUGCACGAGUCGCAGUGGUGUACCAAUAGCGAUCAGCGCGACUGGCUUUGGAGCGGCGCGGCGGCGCCACGCAGGUUCAACAAAGAUGCCCACCUCGGAGACAGAGGACGCCUGCUGGAACCUGGAGGAGCUCAGCGAGAGCGAGUUUGACGCGCGCGCCACGUUUCUGGUGCGCGACUCGCCGGUGGCGGAGGGCACCGAGCAGCGCGCGCACGCCUCGCUGCCCAAAAACGUCACCAUCAAGGAGGGGGUGUCGGGCGUGCGCGCCAAGAUCGGCCUGCCGCAGGGUACCCGGUUCGGCCCCCUGGUCGGCGAGCCCCUGCGGAGACACCAGGUCUCUCCGACGGCCAUCAAAAAGUACUUCUGGAGGGGUCUCUCCGCUUUGCGCCGGCUGCGUCUGCGGAAGCUCGCCGCCAGGCUGCAGGUACUGCUUGUUGAUAGCCGGACUGGCCUGUCCCGCCGCGUGCCCCACGGGAAGGGAUUCACCAGCAUGUCGGCCCGUCAGAGGGGUGCAGCACGCCCGGCACUGCAGCGGCACGCGGCACGCGACCGUCCACUGCCCGCACGUGCAGUGUGCGCCCCCGCGGACUGAUCACGGUAUACACAUCGAGCGAUGACUACUACUUUUUGGACGCCCGUGACACGAGCAAGUCCAACUGGAUGCGUUACGUGAACCCGGCGUUCUCUCCCAACUCGCAGAACCUGGUGGCUGUUCAGCACGAGCAAAACAUCUACUUUUACACGAUCCGCGACAUUGAGCCGGGCGAGGAGCUGCUGGUGUGGUACUGCCGCGAGUUCGCCCACCGGCUCAACUACCCGGUCUCCGGCUCCCUCAUGCUCGACCAAAUACAGCAGCGUGCGAAGGCCGCUCCUGCGGCGGGGGAGGAGGUGAAGCAGGAGACAACGGGCGCCGAGACGGCCGGCCACGCGGCGCGCCAGCAGACGUCGCCGGUGCGCUCUGACGAGGGCUACCUGAGCCACGAGUACCAGCCGGACUCGCCGCACCACGAGCCCAGCAGUGACGACGACUGCGACAACAACUACGUGCUCGACUUCAGCAAGUCCGGCAAACGGCCGCGAGACGAGGACGACUCGCGAAACGAGUUCCGCAAGGUCAAAAUCAAAAUGUCCAAGGCGUACCACAUCAAGUCGCAGAACGAGGCGGAGCGCCGCCGCCAAGACUCGACGUCGGUCGAGUCCCACGACGAGUCGGCGCCGGCGCACCACAGUCCGGCCGUCUACAGUCCGCCCAUGACCAGCACUCCGGCCAGUCCGCGCAGCGCCGAGCCGCGCCCCUCCAGUCCGCGCUCACCGCCCACCUAUCACGUGAUGAGCGCGCCGCUGCCCCCGCAGCAGUCGCCGCCGCUGCCGCCGCCACCCCAGCAGCAGCAGCAGCAGCAUGUGCACGUCAGCGGCGGCAGCGAGGGUGUGCCCGACCAGAGCUGGGUGUCGGAGGCGUACCGGGCGCGGCCGUACGGGCGCGCGCCGCGCUCACCAGAGGCCGACUCUCAGUACCACCAGGUGACGGACAGCACCCAGGUGGGCAGCGGCAGCGGCAGCGGCCACCCGGCCGGCCGCGAGUUCCAGGAGCGCCUGCGCCGCUACGGCGUGGACCCGGUGGGCGCGCGGCCCAACAGCAGCCUCCUGGAGAACAUCCUGCUCUACAAGCGGGAGGAGGAGCCCGUGCCGCCGGCGCGGCUCAUGGAGCCCGUGCAGGUGAUCGUGGCGUCCGAGUCUGCGCCGCAGCCGGACUCUGUAAGCUCGCCGACCGACUACUACUACCGACACGCCGGCCAGCGCUACCUGGACUCCAUGCAGCCCAGCCCGGACUCGAGCUCGGCGCCGCCGGUGCCGCGGCCCUCGGCGCCGCCGCCGCCGCCGAUCCAGGCGGCCGCGUGUCCGGCGCCGAGCUCGUCCAGCGCCGUGUACCCGUGCUUCUCGUCCUACCAGUACCAGUACAGCCCGUACCCGUCAGACGGCUACGGCCGCGCCAACAGCGUCGGCUCGGCGUCGUCCCAGGUGUCGCCGGGCUGCCGGGGCGCGCCCUCGCCGGCGCUGGGCUCCGAGUCGAGCGAGCCGCGGCCGCGCGGAUUCCGGUCGCUGCCCUACCCGCUGGAGAAGAAGGACGGCAAGAUGCACUACCAGUGCAACCAGUGCCUCAAGACGUUCGGUCAGCUCAGCAACCUCAAGGUGCACCUGCGCACGCACAGCGGCGAGCGGCCCUUCAAGUGUGAGGUGUGCAGCAAGAGCUUCACGCAGCUGGCCCACCUGCAGAAGCACAACCUGGUUCACACAGGCGAGAAGCCGCACGAGUGCCGACUGUGCAGCAAGCGCUUCAGCAGCACCUCCAACCUCAAAACACACAUGCGGCUACACUCUGGCCAGAAGCCGUACGUGUGCGACAUUUGUCCGUCCCGCUUCACGCAGUUUGUGCACCUGAAGCUGCACAAGCGGCUGCAUACCAACGAGCGGCCGUUCACCUGUCUAACCUGCAACAAGAAGUACAUCAGCGCGUCCGGCCUGCGCACUCACUGGAAGUCGACCACAUGCAAGCCGACGGCCGAGCAGGAGCGCCAGCUGCGGGUCAGCCGCGAGUCGGCGGCGGCGGGCGGCGGCUCGCCGCGGCCCGGCUUCAGCCCGCGGCCCGACCUGGAGCUGAUCGAGCUGAGCAGCGAGGCGCUGAGCCUGGCAGAGGCCGAGGCGUGGGCGGGCCGCCAGUCGCCCAGCAGCUCGGCGCCGGCGCCCCGGCCGUCCGUCAUCGACACGUCGCAGCUGCACGUCAUCGAGUGCUCGUAGAGACGGCACGGCCUCCAUCGCCGCGGCACUCUGUGUGUGCCUGCACGGCCUCCAGCGCGGCGGCACUCCGUGUGUGCCUGCAUGGCCUCCAGCGCCGCGUGCCUGCACGGCCUCCAGCGCGGCGGCACUCCGUGUGUGCCUGCACGGCCUCCAGCGCCGCGGCACUCCGUGUGUGCCUGCACGGCCUCCAGUGCCGCGGCACUCUCUGUGUGCCUGUGCAUUGACUCAAUUGUAAACUUCGUGGCAUUGUACAGUAUUUUUUACACUUUACAAUUUACGCUAUCGCUAUGCUUGUUCUGUUGUUCUUAGGUGCAAUAUUUGUAAAGGGUUGGGUAGUUGUUAUAGUAUGAUGCCAGUAUGUCUGUACUUAAAGCAAUACUAUUUUCUUUGGGCAGUUACGUCCUGGAUGCUCGGAUGCUAGGAUGACAGUUUUGUUUCACGGCUACUGCGAGUAACAAUUGAUUAGUAAUUAUACUGCAGCCUUGCCUUUUAGCUAUUAUAAUAGGUGAAACCUUUUGUGAUGAGGUGUACUUUAAAGUGCACAUAGGACUGAAGAGUGAUGUCCUAUUAAACGGCACACCAUUUUCUCUGAAAAUUAUUUGGAAACUGAAUGGCAUUACCUUUGCUAGGAUUGCGCUCUAUACAUGGCCAUGAGCGGUUCUACUAAGCAUAUUCCUGUUUUUUUUUCUGAACGCUGGCCAGAGCGAAUUGCAAGCUUUACCAGAGAAUAUUGGAGACUGCUGCAUGUUCUGCUAUCAAAUUUGAUGCUAUGUUUGUUAAUCUGGUUCUGGUCAGAUUAACUGUAUUGCUGCGAAAGGGUGUGGUAGGGUAAUGGAAAGUGGGAAGGAGUUUGUACAUUUUAUACAUAAUGAAAGCUGUCGUUGACUUGGGCAUUGGACUCUGCUCUGUCUCUUGUUUCCUUGGUUGCUAGUGUCUGUGUAGACAGGCGAGUACAAACUGUAGACUGAAGGAUGUUGAUCUCAGGCCGGCCGUGCCGCCGUUGUUUUGCUCUUGUUGCAGCUCAUUGGCUUCGCUCCGUUCGUCUCUCCCGAACGUUCAUCGUUGUAGGUGGUGCGUUGUUAUUUAUUUUGCGGCGUAUAGAGAUCACAGUGUAUAAUAUAUGUAUGUAUUGUAUGCGCAUAAAAUAAAUUACCACGUAUUAC